CGCAGUAGCUGUUUCACUCAUUCUUUUCCAUUUCCUUCUGCGCAUAAUUGUCUGCGAAAGACUUGAUGCAACGACGUGAGAUUUCCCGUUCAAGAACCAUCGCCUGUUGUGAUGCCUUCUGCAGAGACCUCAAUGGUCCAAAACCCGGACGGCCCUGUUGUGGAGUUUGCAUGGUCAACCCUUUCAGCGGCUUUAAGCUGGAUUGGAGCCACCGUGCUUGGCGUCACGGCGGGAACCAUCGUUGUCACAUCGCUGGCAUAUUUCAAGGGACACUACAACGACGUGCAGCGAAAAAACUCCUCAGAACGCCUGCACGUCCAACCGUGCUACACGAAGAGCUGUCAACAUGCGGCCGAGGCACUAGCCACUACCCUGAGUUUCAACGUGAAUCCUUGCCACGACUUCUUCGCCUUCGUCUGCGACAGAUACAACGAACAUAUUCCAGACGCCUUCACAGGUGGACGCAACAGUAUCUUGAGUUACGCCAUAGCUCUUCUGUUCGUGCCCCCGGCCGCCGAGGGUCGUCAACUGUCUGCCAUUGAGAAAGCCGCCACUUUGUUCAGAUCGUGCAUGCGUCUCUUCUCAUCGGACAACCAGGAUUCCAGGUAUGUGCUCUCCAACAUGAUGGACGACAUGCACGUCAGUCUGGACCUUCCGCCCCCGACUUUCGAUCCCUUCGAAUCGAUGGUACGCUUGGGAUUGGAGUACAACAUCCCCGUCUUCGUAUCCAUCGCAGUUGGAAACAACCUAGACCGGAGAAAGGGUAGAACCAUGCAGAUAUCGCACAGCAGGAAAGAGUUGGAGUGGUACGCCAAGAGGAAGAAGAACCGCAGACAGGCACGGAAGGUAUAUCACGAGUGCUACAAGGCGUACUUCAAAGGCACGUACGACCAGACGUCGUUAGGCAUCAGAGCCGAUAUGUUCGCGAGAGAUAUUGAGCAGGCGGAGGAAGAUGCUUCUAAUAUCGCCUGGAAUGUCCCUCUUAGGGACUCAGAUAGGCCGUCAUACCAGGAGACGACUGUAGGACAACUUCCAGAUGACUGGCCGGUUGUACUGAUAAAUCUCGGAAAACAAUAUGUCCACGAGAAGGACGUGGUGUUCGUCGAUCCAAAAGCCACUACAUUUAUCAAAUCUUUGCGUAGCCGUUUUGCUGACAUUGAAAUGAAAAUCCUCAUAGCGUGGGUUUUGCUAAGAGAGUACGGCGUGUAUGUUAGUCCGUCUUUCUUGACGACUCUAUCGCCGUCGCGAUCGCCUCGAGACAUGUGCUCUGCACGAGUUUCGGAAGUAAUGCCGGUGGCGUUUUCUGCGUCCUACCUUUCUAAAGUGAUCACUGAAGACGCUAUCCAAGCAGCGGAGGGCAUUGUGCUCAACGUCAGAGACGCCUACAUCGCAUCGCUCAUCAACACCAGCUCGCUCGAUGACGAACCGAAAGCAGCCGCCAUCGCAAAGUUGAAGGCCAUGGAGUUCUAUUCAGCGUACCCAAAGGGUCUCAUCGACGUCCAGCAACUAGAUGCGUAUUACGAAGGAUACACACCGGAGGAACGGGAGCCAUUCUUUGACGCUUGGCUGCGAGGGGCUAAAGCCAGUCUUGGGUAG